UUCUGGGAUGCAUACAAUCAGGAAGCGGAAGAGUUCGACAGAGCGUUCAUUGAGAGAUAUACCUCGGAUUUAGACAAUGGUCUAAUUUUCGCAGGUCUUUUUUUAGCUGUCAGUACCACUUUCUUAGGGAUAAUGCACCCUAACCUAAGCCCUGCUCCCACUGACACAACAAAUGCCUUAUUGAUGAUGAUAUACUCUCAACUCAAUAACACCACGUUCCCAGGGCAAGUCUUUAGUUUUCCCUCAUGGGAUGGUCCCAUUUGGGUUACUAUUUGGACACAGGCUCUCCUCUAUGCCAGUCUAUCUGUCAGCCUUCUAGCUGCUCUUGGAGCCGUAUUGGGGAAGCAGUGG